GUGCAGCAGGUGGUCCGUGCGCGAUGGAGUCCGCUGUCAGUGGGCGCCUGCUCUGGAGCUGGGACACCGAGUACCCCGCUGACACGGCCGAGUUCUGCCCGCUGCCGCCCUACCGCCACCUGCUGCUCUGCGGCACGUACAAACUGCGGGACGGCCAGCCGCCCGACCAGGCGCCAGAGGCCUGCCGUCGGGACGGCCGCCUGCACCUGCUGGACGCCGCCGCCGGCCGGGAGCUCCAGCGGCUCGACACGGCCGCUCUGCUCGACACCAGGUGGUGCCCGGUGCGGCAGGCCGGCCGGCUGCUGGCCGCCGCUGCCGAUUCGCUGGGCCAGCUG